GAAGUUCAUAAGACUAUCACUUCCACGAAUUUGUUUCGUCGUGGAGAACGUGUUGCUAUCGGUGCGUCUGGAGGCAAGGAUUCAACUGUACUAGCCUACGUGAUGAAGGCUGUCCAGAGGAAUCGUGUCGAAUAUUGUAUGCCUCUGACGGUAGUUACCUACAAAGAUUUGUACGGCUGGACGAUGGAUGAGAUCGUGGCAAAGAUAGGAAAGAAAAAUAAUUGCACAUUUUGUGGUGUCUUCCGUCGGCAAGCUCUGGACCGUGGUGCUCAUAAAAUCGGCGCGUCUAAGUUGGUGACUGGUCACAACGCAGAUGAUAUGGCGGAAACCGUGCUGAUGAACAUCUUACGUGGCGAUGUUGCGAGACUUCAACGUUGUACUAGCGCACUCACUGGUGAAGAAGGCGAACUUCCUCGGGCUAAACCGUUGAAG